GGCUCGGAGACGCAGGGAUGUUGUUGGAUAGAAUACACCGAAGCAUCUACCAGUCAUUCGCAUCAAACAAUAAGUCAAGAUUCGCCCAGUACCUGCUAUCAAAAUAGACUUGUUCUUAUCUAGAACCAUCUGAUCAACUUUCACGAAGUUUAUCUCCGAGCUGGAACUUAAGUUAAGCAACGUAGGCUGGUUAAACACGAGAUGGCUUUCUUGUCGAGUGAGAAAACAUAAACGCCGUGGGAGCGAUACGGAAGUUAGUUCCAUGUAUAUUCACUCGCAGAGAACAACGCACAACGCAAUCGAUUCGCAUCGGAAAAUACAAACUCAUUCCAGGCGCUCACUUGAGCUGGAGUUGGUCGUUGGUAUCAACACAAAAUUCGAUAGAACGCUCACUACAAAGGACUACAGUGGAGUUGCUAAACGUUUAUACAUAUAUUCUUAACGCAAUUAGAGAAGUGGAAUUCGGAUGAUUGCAAAUUUAACAUUGGAUUACAUAUACAUUGGAAUAAGAUGUAGUGAAAAGUUUGAUAACGUUUUGGAGACGGUAUUGCAAUUUUAAGGAGGGAUUAAGCUCCCCGAAACAGCAAAGGCGGCUAAAGACGUCAUAUUGGGUGCGUUACGCUCAUUAUAUUCACAAAGUUCAAAGUUCGUUUCACAUUGAGUAGUCAGUAGUUGGAAUACUGAUGGAACCGACUCAGAUGACAUCACACAGUACGAUGAUUGGAUCAUAAACGCUCAUUGGAGGCUUAUCAUUAGAAAAAAUCCCCACUUGAUGGGACAAUAGACAACGAACGCUUCAACGAUCACGAAUUAAUUCUGUCGGAUCGAUUUAAAUUUGCGAUUGUAAAUAAUUUACAGAUAUCUUGUUUAACUUGCUGGUACAAAGCGAGAAUAACUAUGCAUCUGGUAUCAAGUGAGUAUACAAUUUGUUCAAUGGCGCAGCCCGAUGCUAUAUAUACUCCCGAGAGGUACUUGGAGGAAUAGAUGAAAAAUAAUAACUUCACAAAUAAUGACCGUUUACUGAAAGACAAAUUGGAAGCCGAUUUAUGGUACCAUAGUGGCUCUUUUACAAUAUUCACCCGCUAGAUAAUAAUAAUAUAUUCACAUUGGCUUGUCGUCAUAUCUAACAGAUAGUCCCGAAGAAUACAUCGUUUUAAAAAAGGCUGAAUUAGAGUCUGAUUGUAUGGGAUACCAAUGAUGAUGGAUUUAGUUCGGGAAAAGACAGGACUUACAUGGAUUGAUCGUAUCUUUGGACAAGAUUCUGCCAAUAUAAACGUGAUACGACAUCAGUUUUCAACUCAAUUGCAUUGCUAACAACUCGAGAUUGAAUCUUUAGAUUUAUUGAAUAUUACGAAGAAUUGAAACAUUUUUUUAGAUUUGAGAUAGCAUCUGAGAAAAUUAAUCAUGGGGAAUAUGUUGAUGGCAUUUUCCCGGGUGAACCAGGUGGGUUCCCGGAAUGACGACGACUUUGCCGACCGUAUGAGUCACCGAUAUACUGCGAUACUCCUCGUCGUAUUCUCAAUACUAGUCACAGGGAAGCAAUACACAGGCGACCCGAUACACUGCUGGUGUCCAAACGAGUGGGUCGACUGGCAAGUUGAUUAUGCAAAUAGCCUAUGCUGGGUUAAAAAUACAUACUACGUGCCCGUCGGGGACUCUAUUCCGAUGGAUGAUCUAAAACGCCGACGUUUGGAGAUUGGCUACUAUCAGUGGAUACCCAUAGUAUUACUCGUCCAAAGUUGUUUUUUCUUUCUCCCUAGUAUUGUCUGGAGAGUCAUUAACACCGAAUCUGGGAUUAAUAUCAAUAAGAUAGUGCGUAUAUUCAGUGAAACUGAUUGCAUGAAUCCAGAAGUCAGGGACAAGACUGUGACGUAUUUGGUCCGCCAUCUUGAUCGUUGUUUCGAUUCAGGACACGAUCGGAAAGGUGGUUGUUGCGUGAAAUUAAAAUACAGUCUGACUCAAAAGUUAUGCUGUACCAGGCGAGACGGUAAUGUCUUAGUAUGCCUCUACUUAUUCAUUAAGCUUUUAUAUAUCGGCAACGCGGCAGGACAAGUUGCAUUGCUCAACGUUUUCCUUGCUUCAAAUUACACAUUUUACGGCGUGGAGGUUGUUGAAACUCUCCUCCACGGUACUGGUGAGAUGACAACUAAGAGAUUUCCAACAGUCACCCUUUGCGAUUUCAAAAUUCGAGUGUUUGGGAGGAAUACCCAUCGCCAUACCUUACAAUGUGUUCUUCCUAUUAAUGUUUUCAAUGAAAAGAUGUAUAUAUUCCUUUGGUUUUGGCUCUUGCUCGUCGCAGUGGCCAGUAUAUAUACUCUCUUUCAAUGGCUAAUGGUAAUAUGUCUGGGAAAUCGAACCAGGUACAUAAAAAUGCACCUGAGGUGCAUAGGACGCUAUGAUAAGAAAAGUGACAAAGAACUUAUAAAAAAAUUCACAAAUGGGUAUUUGAGACAAGAUGGAGUGUUUAUCCUGAGACUUUUAUCCAAAAAUAUCAAUGACGUUAUAGUGUCUGAACUUAUAAAUGGCCUUUGGUCACAUUAUAAAAAUUUCCGUGAAAAACGGAGCGACAUGGUCUGA